AUGGGUCACAUCUAUACAACUUGAUGCCUUUAUUUAAUGUGUUAAUAGUUAUAAUAAUUCUUUCUCUUUUAGGUACAAGUUCAAAGCUUAACAGAAGCUGUUAAUCAGUAAAAGAGGUUGUACAUGUAGGUCACACCAUAGGAAGCUACACUUAUACUGUAUGCUGUGCCUGAAUAAGCUUUAAAGUCACAAUGGCUUGUGAUGUUUUGAUUUGUUAACCUUGAUUUUACCUGCUAUCAAAAUGAAUAGAAAAGAAACAGCUAUGGCAAGUUUAAUGUUCAGUGUCCUAUUAUGAGUGUUCAAAAUUCCAUUGAAGACUGUGAAGGACCAUAGCUCAAAUAUUAUGUGAAUGUGCCCUACAUUUUUCGUGUUGAAGACUGAUAUGAUUGUUGAAUAGGGUCAAAGUACAUGCCACAAAAGAGUGAAUGUUCUGUUCACAAUUCAAUGAUCAUAAUACAUCUCAGAGUCACGACAGGCUUACAAGUCAAACACUGUGGAUGCACACUUUACAUAUUGAUGUCAAUGCUGUAGUACGACAAGAGUUUUGCAGAAAAACUGGACCAGAUAAAAUGGCUUUUUUGUGCACCAUCAUGUGACUAGAGAGUAAUGCACCUCAUUAGAGUGGGAUGGCCUUCAUGAGAGAGGCAGACCCACCCACACUCAUAUGCUAAGGUUAAAAAUCACAUAUCAUUGUGGACAUUUUUAGACAGAGUUGAGAAGUUAACCGGUAACAACGGGACACCAGACAGAGGAAUGACAGCCAUUUCUAUGACUUAGUGCGUAGCACACACUAAUGUCUGUUGAGGAGGAAGAGUGUGUUCAGUCUGGCUCACUGCCUCAGCAGUAAUGUGAUCUCAUGUCUUCACAAAGGCAAGAAGAGAAGACAUCAAAACAUAGCCGAACUGAAGUGGUAUCACACCAUAUACAAUACCAAAGUUGAAAGGAGUUGUCUGACAUCAGAUAUUUCUUAAACUACCCAUUUCAACCAGCUGUUCAGCAUGCCUCUGUACGUCCAUGCCUUGGCAUGUGCUUUCGGUCUGGGCUCCUGGGUGUCCAUUAAUGGCUUGUGGGUGGAGCUUCCUCUGAUAGUCAAUAUUCUGCCAGAGGGUUGGGAUUUGCCCUCGUACCUCACAGUCAUCAUUCAGCUUGCCAACUUAGGCCCUCUGCUGGUGACCCUGGCACACAAAUUAUGUCCCGGACGACUACGUGAACAUCUGGUCAUCUAUGUGGUCCUGUCGAUCGGUGUUGUAGCUUGCAUCCUACUUGCUGUGUUUUGGAAGAACACCACUGUGAUCCUUGGGCAACCGCGUAGCACAGCAUUUUUCAUUCUCACAUUUUUUCUCGCUCUAGUCGACUGCACCUCAUCCGUCACCUUCCUGCCAUUCAUGAUGCAACUUCCAGCAAAAUACAUCACCACAUACUUCAUUGGAGAAGGUCUGAGCGGUCUGGUUCCAGGCCUGGUGGCGCUUGCACAAGGGGUCGGGAUGUCAAAAUGUGUCAAUGUGUCUCAUGUGUCAGAUAACCUCACAGAGCCCGGACCUCCAAUCUUCAUUGUGGAGACACAGUACCUCCCUCCUAAUUUCUCCACUGAGAUCUUCUUCUCCUUCUUGGCCGUAAUGACAGCAAUAAGCCUGGGCUCCUUCAUCAUAUUAAACCGCAUGCCUCGUACAUUUGAACUAUCCACUGAAAAUCUCGUCCCAGACUCAGAUGCUGUUGCAACAGUCUGCAGGGGUUUGGAAGGCCCCGUGGACCCCAAUCCAAAGACAAACAAUCCAGAGGAAGAGGAAAAGAUGAGAAAUACAGUGCUGCCUUCUAAACCACUGCACUCCGGCUAUCAGCUGGCAUUUAUCUAUCUUAUGGUUUUGUGGGUGAACAGUGCAACAAAUGGACUGCUGCCCUCAGUGCAGACGUUCUCCUGUAUACCAUAUGGAAAUAUGGCCUAUCACCUGUCAGCUGCUCUGUCGGCGGUAGCCAAUCCAGUGGCCUGCAUCAUUGCCAUGUUUUUCCCUAAACGUUCAUUAGUAUUUCUGGGCAUCUUGUGUCUGCUGGGCUCUGUUUUUGGAGGCUACAAUAUGGCCAUGGCUGCCAUGAGUCCCUGCCCAUUACUCCAAGAUACACCUCUAGGGGACGCUAUAAUAGUUCUGUCAUGGGUGUUCUUCACUGGUCUGCUGUCCUAUGUGAAGGUGAUGGUGGGUGUGAUUCUGAGGGACCGGAGUCACAGCGCUCUCGUGUGGUGUGGAGCAGCAGUUCAAGCAGGCUCUUUGCUGGGCUCCGUCAUUAUGUUUCCCCUGGUUAACAUCUAUCACCUCUUUCAAUCAGGAGAUGUUUGCAACACCAUAUGCCCAUUAUAAUAAGGGUUUAAUAAGACUAACUGGGGAAAGAACUACCACUUACUGAGCAAAUGAUUGUGAAAUAUUGUUUAACGAACAUUUGGCACUUCCUUAAAACUGUUUUGAUGCUCUUCUAUUUUGUUUUCACAUUAACUUAACAUUUGUACAUUUAAAAAUGAUUGUGGAUUAUUAUUUAUGAUGUUGCGAGUUCUUGAUACCUAGAAAUAUCCACAGGCAGUCAAGUGCAAGUGUCACUUAACAGCGUCCAUCAGAGCUUUUAGUUCAUAUUUGGAAAAAUACUGAUAUAUUUUUUAUAAGUUUACUUGAUAUUUCUUUACACAGAAUCAUCAUUUCUAUUAAUUUUCCACUGAUUUAUGCGAUCUGAUGAGCAUUAACUCAAAUUAUGGGAUUUGCAUUUGCAGCGCACACUUCUUAUCAGAAAAGGUUCAAUAAAGUAUUGUUUUUUGUUGUUAUGGGCGCGUCUAAAGAUUUCUUAUGGAUCUCAGUACUAUGUCGUGUAUGAACUAAUGUCUGUGUGCAUGUGUGUAAAACAACAAACUGACGAUUUAUAUGCUUAAUCAUAUGUAAUUGUAUAUACAUUGUUAUGAGUAAUUGUGGCUGGAAUAAUAAUGUAGCUGUAAAAACAGUUGCCUGCUGAAAUUGAAAUAUAUAUUACAUCUUCAUGACUAGA